AUGGCGAAGGAGAUCCUCGAUGCAUCGGCAUACGCAGAUGCUGCCCUUGAGAAGCUGGGGUACCAGCAAGAACUCAAACGUUCGUUCAAUCUGUUGGAUAUGGUGGGGUUCAGUUUCAGUAUUGUUACCUGUUGGACUGCCCUCAGUGGUGGCUUUAUUAUCGGCAUUCAGGCAGGUGGCCCACCCGUCAUGAUCUUCGGCUGGAUCGGGGUUUGUGUGUUCACCAUGUUCAUUGCGCUGGCAAUGGCUGAGAUGUGCUCGCGUUGGCCAGUAGCCGGGGGCCAAUAUUCAUGGGUGGCUAUGUUAGCACCGCCUCGAGUUUCCCGGCAAUUGUCAUAUAUCACUGGGUGGUUUAUGUUGACUGGGAUUAUCGCCAUGGGCGCCGUUAACAAUUCAUUUGGAUCCAAUUAUAUACUGGGUCAGGCCAACCUGGUUUUCCCAGAUCUUGUUAUCGAGCGGUGGCACACUGUCCUGGUUGCCUGGGCCGUGGGACUAUUUGCUCUCGCCGUCAAUGUAUUUGCACCCCAUGCUUUGCAUCGUCUAUCGCGUUUGAUGCUGGUGUGGAACAUUGCCUCGUUCAUGAUCGUGAUCAUUACACUAUUGGCAACCAAUCACCAUAAGCAAAACACGGACUUUGUGUUCCACGAAUUCCGGAAUACAACCGGCUUUGGUGCCUCCAUGGCCACAAUGAUUGGAGUCCUACAAAGCUUCUUCGGCAUGUGCUGCUACGAUGCACCGAGUCAUAUGACAGAAGAAAUGGCAAAUGCCAGUCGAGACGCACCCAAGGCAAUUAUCCUAUCUGUCAUAAUGGGUGCAGCAACCGGGUUGACCUUUCUACUGACACUGUGCUUUUGCAUGGGUGAUAUUGAGGCAACAGCAAACUCAAGCACCGGGGUACCCGUCAUCCAAAUCUUCUACGAUUCAACUCAAAGCAAGAUUGGAACGUGUAUUUUGGCGAGUAUGAUCACCGUCAUCAUCAUGGCAGCAUCCAUAGGUCUCGUUGCUGAAGGUUCGCGAUCAGUGUAUGCCUUUGCGCGAGACCAUGGGUUGCCGUUUUCGGGUCUGUGGGCUCAAGUCGAAUCAAAGAAAAAGAUACCUCUUUAUGCCGUUGUCCUCACUGUGAUAGUGCAACUAGCUCUGAAUGCGAUCUACUUUGGCACGGAAACAGGGUUUGAAACGGUGAUUUCGAUAGGUACCACGGGCUUCUAUGUUUCAUACGGUCUUGUCCUUCUUGCUAGACUACUUGGCUAUUUUUUCCACCACCCAGCGUCUUUCGAGGGGCCCCAUUCACUACCACUUCCGUUGUCACUCAGCUUCAAUGCGAUUGGUUUCAUAUUUUUGGUAUUCGCUUCGAUUACGUUUAAUUUUCCCUCUGAAGCCCCGGUAACCUCGGAAUCAAUGAACUACACCAGUGCAGCUAUUGGGCUGCUAGCACUGGUCAGCUUGGUGACCUGGUUGACCACUGCAAGAUCUCGGUUUGCCGGGCCUUCAGAUGUCAAAAUUUUGGUCGUCGACGGUGUGGGAAGCUAA